AUGGGAGUAACAAAAAAACCUGACUUGAACGAUCCUGUAUUAAGAGCUAAAUUAGCUAAAGGUAUGGGUCAUAAUUAUUAUGGGGAACCCGCAUGGCCCAACGAUCUUUUAUAUAUUUUUCCAGUAGUAAUUCUCGGUACUAUUGCUUGUAACGUAGGCUUAGCGGUUCUAGAACCUUCAAUGAUUGGUGAACCCGCAGAUCCAUUUGCAACUCCUUUGGAAAUAUUACCUGAAUGGUAUUUCUUUCCUGUAUUUCAAAUACUUCGUACAGUACCUAACAAGUUAUUGGGUGUUCUUUUAAUGGUUUCAGUACCUGCGGGAUUAUUAACAGUACCCUUUUUGGAAAAUGUUAAUAAAUUCCAAAAUCCAUUUCGUCGUCCAGUAGCGACAACCGUUUUUUUGAUUGGUACUGCAGUGGCCCUUUGGUUGGGUAUUGGAGCAACAUUACCGAUUGAUAAAUCCCUAACUUUAGGUCUUUUUUAA